AUUGCGAAACCCCCACGCCUCCGGAAUCCCAACCCCCGUCCAAACCAUAUACUCCAGCUACCGCGGAGCAGAUUCCCGGCCACCCGCCGACGCCCCGCCGCUCCGAUUCGAGCUUACCGGAGUCCGAUUUGGCGGGAAGCCUCGCUCUCUCAUGCUGAUCUCGCGGUCGGGGGCUUGAAGGAGCUUUUGGGGGCGGGAUUUGGGCGGCGGGGAAGCGAGGGUCCGACGCGGACGCGAGCAUGUCGGUGCUGGAGGACUUGAUCCGGGCGAUCGAGCUGUGGCUGCGGAUCGCCAAGGAGCAGGUGCCGCUGGUGGACCCCAGCCUCGACCCGGUGCUGCUCGUGCCCGGCAUCGGCGGCUCUAUCCUCGAGGCCGUGGACGAGGCCGGGAACAAGGAGCGGGUGUGGGUGCGCAUCCUCGCCGCCGACCACGAGUGCCGCGAGAAGCUCUGGGCGCAGUUCGAUGCCUCCACCGGCAAAACUGUCUCUGUGGAUGAGAAAAUACGCAUCACUGUCCCUGAGGAUAGGUAUGGAUUGUACGCCAUCGACACACUGGACCCAGACCUGAUUAUUGGUGACGACAGUGUUUACUACUAUCACGACAUGAUAGUGCAAAUGAUUAAAUGGGGAUAUCAAGAAGGCAAAACUCUGUUUGGAUUUGGUUACGAUUUCCGCCAAAGUAACAGGCUUUCGGAAACACUUGACAAAUUUUCUAAAAAACUAGAGUCAGUAUACACAGCUUCAGGAGGAAAAAAGAUCAAUCUAAUAACACAUUCAAUGGGGGGAUUGCUUGUUAAAUGCUUCAUGUCUCUUCAUGGUGAUGUCUUUGAAAAAUAUGUGAAGAGUUGGAUUGCAAUUGCUGCACCAUUUCAAGGUGCGCCUGGGUACAUAAAUAGUGCUCUGCUGAAUGGAAUGUCUUUUGUGGAAGGAUGGCAAUCCAAAUUCUUCAUUUCCAAAUGGACCAUGCAGCAAUUGUUAAUUGAAUGCCCAUCAAUAUACGAGUUGUUGGCUAGCUCAACCUACCACUGGGAAGAUACACCAUUGCUACAGAUCUGGAGAGAGAGCUUAGAUGACAAUGGCAAGAAAAGUGCCAUACUGGAGUCGUAUGAACCAGAUGAGGCAAUAAAGAUGAUUCAAAAAGCUCUUUCCAAGCAUGAGAUUAUCUCUGAUGGAAAUCACAUUCCUCUGCCUCUUAAUGAGGAUAUAUUAAUAUGGGCGAAGGAAACUCAAGAUAUCUUAUCCCAGGCAAAGCUUCCAAAAUCAGUGAAGUUCUACAAUAUUUACGGGAUUGAUUAUGAGACUGCUCAUACUGUUUGCUACGGGAGCAAACGCCACCCUGUUUCAAAUCUUAGUCACCUCUUAUAUACUCAGGGUAAAUACAUCUGUGUUGAUGGUGAUGGAUCCGUUCCCGCAGAAUCAGCAAAGGCGGACGGCCUUGAUGCAGUGGCGAGAAUUGGGGUUGCUGCCGACCACCGAGGAAUCGUGUGCGACCACCACGUGUUCCGCAUAGUCCAGCACUGGCUGCACGCGGGCGAACCUGACCCAUUCUACAACCCCCUCAAUGACUAUGUCAUCCUGCCAACCAUCUACGAGGUCGAGAAGCACCACGAGAAACGUGGCGACGUCACGUCGGUGAGGGAGGACUGGGAGAUCAUCUCCCACACUGACGGCGACGAGGCCAAAAGACCGGCCGAGCUCCCCGCCAUGGUUGGUGCGCUGUCUGCAUCUCGUGAGGGUAAGGAUGGCCUGCUGGACGAGGCGCAGGCCACUGUGGUGGUCCACCCGGAGAGCGGAGGCCGGCAGCAUGUGGAAGUCAGGGCUGUUGGAGUCAGCCACGGUGGCUAGCUACGGGGCCUAUUGCAGUACUUAAGUAGCUAGGGCGAUUGCACAUACUGUAAACCGUUGAUGCACAUAAGAUGUGGCCAGGUAGGGAAUAUGUCUCUGUAAAUAUGGUGUACUGCUUGUAAAUAUCCGAACUUGGAAGCACAAGGUGCACUGGCUUUGAGCACGAAGAAGGAAGGAAAUAAUCAGAAUGGAUUACUAGAUUGUCA